UCCCGUGAUUAUAAUACUUUUAUGUGUCGGCGCACUCGGUUACAUAAUAUUCGUUCUUGCUGAGAAUUAUAUAGUUACUGAACCAAUUGCUCCACCUACACAAUCCGGAUUAGAGUUCAUGCCUUACGCUCUUGGUGUGGCAGCUUUCUUACUCCUGACCGGUCAACUAUUCUCUCGAACAGACAAAAUACAGUUUCGAUUAGUGACUCUAAUUGCUUCGGCAUUGACAAUAAUUGGUUCCGGAUUAACCAUUAUAUGGAGAGAAAAUACUAGAUAUGGUGAAUAUAUAGGAUACAUGUUAAUUGGCGGUAUUGGAAUGGGUGCAGGUUUUCAAGGCACUACAUUAUGCGUUCAGGGAUUGGUUGAGCCGAAGGAUAUAGCUUCGGUUACUACAUUAUCUUUUUUUUUUAGGAGCAUUGGGGGUGUUUUUGGAAUUGCAAUGUCAGGAGCAGCAUUUAAUAAUAGACUUUCUCAUGAAUUAAGUACUUUAACUUUACCUCCAUCUUUUUCAACACAAUCCGUAUAUACUAUACAAUCAUUGCCACCAGAUACACGGCUAUUGGUCAUUCACGCUUAUGUGUUAGCAUUUCAAUUCACCUUUAUGCUUUUCACAAUAUAUAGUGCGUUAAUGUUUGUUACAGCGUUGUUUAUGGGAAAUAGUAAACCAAUACAUGAGGAUGGAGAAAAAUGA